UGAGAUAUAAUCAGUGCACCCACUGCACGUUUCUCUUCCUACCUUCAACUGUCCCCAACUCUCUCUCUCUCUCUAAGCAUGACCUCUUGGGCUCUGCAACCCUCUGAAACCUUCUUCUUAAUCUGAUCACCUUUUACUUCUGCAUCAGUUUUCCGGUAGCAAAUUUCAGACACUAAUGGAGUUAGCACUGCACCUAAUCCAACACCCACUUCUUUAAAGACCCCCCAAAGCUCCGAGCUUUAAUGCUCCAACUCUCUGUUCCUCUUGUUUCAGCUUCUGGGUGUUUUGGUUCCGUCCUCCUCCAGAAAUGUCCGCCGUCGAUUUAGAGCACGGCGGUGCUGCUCAAACCCACCGCCUCUCCUUCUCCAGAAGUGACGUCAGCGGUGACGGCAGCGUCUGCUUCUCCGACGCGGACGACGGGUCGUGCUACUCGCAGUUCUUUUCGACCAACGGCGGGUCGUACGACGAGUACAACUUUGCCGCUUUUGUGUCUGAUCCUGCUGAGGCCGGAGUGGUUGGGGUUUCGUCGUCGGAGUCUAGGAGAGACUCGUCGGUUUCGGACUGUUCGGUCCAUGUCGUGGAAAUUGAGGUUGGGCCGCCGGAAAUUAAGGUGCAUUUGGAUAGAGUAGAGAGAGAUUGUCGGAUUUGCCAUCUGGGCUUGGAGAGUAACAGCCAUGAAUCCGGAGCUCCGAUUGACUUGGGCUGUUCUUGCAAAGAUGAUCUGGGUUCAGCCCACCGGAACUGUGCUGAUGCUUGGUUCAAGAUCAAGGGCAACAAGAUCUGCGAGAUUUGUCAUUCAAUUGCCCGCAACAUUGUUGGGCCUAAUGACAUUGAGAUGAUUGAGCAGCUGAAUAAUGAAGCCACUAGUGCCGCAGCUACGGCUGCAGUCUCAGCACCAGGGCCUUCAACAGAGACUCGAAGCUUUUGGCAUGGUCAUCGCUUCCUCAAUUUCCUUCUUGCUUGUAUGGUAUUUGCUUUUGUCAUAUCAUGGCUCUUUCACUUCAACGUUCCUUCGUGAAAUCUCAACAAAGAUCGAGUUGAGAGAACAAGUGAAAAGAACCAAAAAAAGAAGUGCAACAAAAGCUGCAAAAUUUAUUGUAGGAUGAUAAGUAAUGUGUAGCUUCAUGCCUUGCAGAGGUCACAUAGAUAUCUGCCUAGUGAUUGUUGUAUCAAUAUCUGCAUAAGUUUAGAGCUUUCAUUUAAUGAUCAGGUCUUACAUAUAUAGUA